AUGGCGGUGGAGAAAGUGAAGGUUGCGAAUCCAGUAUGUUACCUGGACGGUGAUGAGAUGACACGGGUGAUAGGACAGUGGGUGAUUGAUAAGUUGAUCACACCAUAUGUGGACUGUGAGGUACGUUAUUUCGAUUUGGGUAUUGAGCAUCGGGAUCAGACGGACGAUCAAGUUACGGUACAGGCGGCGGAGGCGAUUCGGGAGUGUCAUGUGGGUGUGAAGUGUGCAACGAUAACACCGGAUGAAGCUCGGAUGACCGAGUUUGGAUUGAAGCGGAUGUAUCGGAGUCCGAAUGGUACUAUUCGUAACAUUUUGGAUGGUGUAAUUUUUCGGGAGCCGAUACUGUGUAAGAACGUGCCAUUGCUGGUGCCAUCUUGGAAGAAGUCAAUCAUCAUUGGGCGUCAUGCGUAUGCGGAUCAGUACAAGGCGCAAGACGUGGUGGUCAAGGGUAAGGGGACGGUUAAAUUGGUGAUUGACACUGAGGACAAUGGACACCAAGAAGUUUUGGUGCACGAAUACACAGGCGAAGGUGGAGUGGCAUUGGGCAUGUUUAACACCACCGAAUCGAUCCGCGGCUUUGCCAGAGCCAGCUUCGCCAUGGCUCUGGACAAGAAGAUGCCACUCUUUCUGUCUACGAAGAACACCGUGCUGAAAGCUUAUGACGGGCACUUUAAGGACGCGUUCCAACGGCUGUAUGAUGCCGAAUAUAAGACGCAAUUCGAAGCCCUUGGCAUUUGGUAUGAACACCGACUCAUCGAUGACAUGGUCGCACAGUGCAUCAAAUCGGAAGGCGGAUUCGUGUGGGCCUGCAAGAACUAUGACGGAGACGUACAGUCAGACGUCCUUGCCCAAGGCUUCGGAUCCCUCGGCCUCAUGACCAGCCAACUUGUCUGCCCUGAUGGUAUCACACUCCAAGCAGAAGCCGCUCAUGGUACCGUCACGAGACAUUUCAGACUCUACCAAAAAGGAGAAAAGACCAGCACCAACCCCAUCGCUACUAUCUUCGCCUGGACUAAAGGCCUGCUUCAUAGGGCCAAACUGGACGAGAACAAACGCCUACACGACUUCGCUGAAACACUCGAAAAAUGCGUCGUCGACACAGUCGAAAGCGGUCUGUACACUAAAGAUCUAGCCAUCUGUAUCGCAGGCACCACCAAGGUACCGGAAACAGAAUAUCUGGACACAGAAACAUUUCUUAAUAAGGUCGUUGAAAGGCUGGAACAAGACUGGCACUGA